AUGUGUCGGUUGCUAGAACCUGACUUGUUCACUCUUGGCAUGGCACACUUCGUAGCUGUGCUCACCGAAUCCCACCCAGACAAUCGACCUACCAUUGGGUCACCUUCGAAGUUCAAUGUUCAACCAUCGUCGUGUUCCGUUUCUUUGGCUAUGCUCCCUUCCUCGCGCCCACGACCAGACUAUACGUCGGUCGCAGCAACCAGACUCUACGUCGGUUGCACCAACCUGACUGUACAAAUCGCCUUCAACUAUGUCCGGCAGAGUGAAUUCAUCCCAGAUUGCUAUGGCCGCGAGCAUCAUGAAGACGGUGACACCAAGUGGCCCUUGAAUCAACGGGAUUGUGAGGAUAUCACGCCAUAUGAUGCCCUUGUCCUGGGCGAGCUCAACGAAUCUUUCGCCCCUUCAACGAGGGAAAUGUCCGCGUUUUCUCUUCCGGGCGGUCAAUUGGUGCCUAGACGAGGCGUUGUCACUUCCCCCAACGUGUCUUGGUUGCCCUUCAUCACAGUAGCUCCUUUGCCCAUCCGGGCCCGUGCCAAUGGUUGA